AUGAUGAUGAUUAGGGAUAAAGCUCCUCUCCUGAACGGUAAUUCUCUCCAGCACGAAGACGCAAUUAAGGAAAUCGGCCCAGAAGAACGCCUAUCGCGGCCCAGACCACAUGCUAGAAGCAUGGGCCAACACCCACCUUCCGCUUCUACAAAGAAGAUUACGGGUGAUCUAGAAGCAGACCUACGAGAAACGCGGUAUUCGAACCAAGAAACGAGGGAUUCAAACCGGGAGACGAGGGAUUCGAACCGGGAAGUUAUGGGUGCCGUCAUAGCCUUGCAGAAUACAAUUCAGAAUCAGACAAGCGAGGAGAAGCAAAUGGCAAUUACUAGGCAUCAAGAGCAGAUGGCGACACUUACGGCGAACCAUGAGGCUCAGAUGGGAGACCAGGAGACCCGACACCAAGAGCGGAUGGAGGCACUUACGGCGAACCGUGAGGUUCAAAUGGGAAAUCAGGAGACCCGACACCAGGAGCAGAUGGAGGCACUUACGGCGAACCACGUGGCUCAAAUGGGAAAUCGGGAGACUCUACACCAAGAGCAGAUCGCGACACUUACGGCGAAUCAUGAGGCUCGAAUGAGAGACCAGGAGACCCGACACCAAGAGCAGAUGGCGAUACUUCGGGCGAACCAUGAGGCUCAGAUGGAAAACCAGGAGACCCGACACCAAGAGCAGAUGGCGGCACUUACGGCGAACCGUGAGGCUCAGGUAGAAAAUCAGGAGACUCUACACCAAGAGCAGAUGGAGGGACUUACGGCGAACCACGUGGCUCAAAUGGGAAAUCAGGAAACCCAGCAUCGAGAUCAAAUGGCGGCCAUUACCCAAGCCAUGGCCAACCUGGCAGCAAAGUUCGAACCAUUCUCGGAGGCGAGGAUGGUUAUUUGGAGGACUAAAGAAGCUUGGGGGAGAUUCCAGAACAAGAGGAUGCAACAGCGCACGGCGCCUAGUCAAAGAGCCUCUAAAAUCCUCGAGAACAGAAAAGGACGUGGGAAUAAAGGUCGUGCGCAGAGGGACUAG